AUGGAGGCAGUCGGCGGUCAGUCGUCGGGCCAGCGAGGUGCCGGCACCGAGCCACCGGUGCAGGCCGAGGGUGAAAACACGCGCGCGCGGUCGCUGGCCGAGAGGUUGGCUGCUCAGUCGAACGCGGGGUCCCUCGGACGGGUGUCGCCGCCAAGGCGUCAGACCGGCCCGGGCGCAGUAUCGUUCGUCAUAUGCACAUGCCGCGACCGGCACACCGCCGGCGACCUCCACGCGUCGCGCGCGCCGGCGAACCUCGCCCUCUGCGCGAGCCGUCCUUAUCCCCUUCAUGAAAGUCUCCACUGCCCGGGUCCCUUCACGGGCGCCCUCCAAGGCCCUCAAGAUGGGGAGGACCACGACGCCGAACUCGGCGCCGCAGCCCCCGAGCGGGGGGCCUCGGACGGCGGAGGAGAUCGUCGAGCAGUACCGAGCGGCGAUGGCCCAGGGGGCGCAUCGGCUCGUGCGCUGUCUGGUGCAGACGAAUCCGGUGGGUGCGUCCCGGAGGAGGGGGCUCGGCCAAGCGCCGAGGGACAAACCGGCCGGAGUGGCGCAGAGGAUGCUGCCCGGCCGGAAGCCGAGGGAGAGACCGGCCGGGGCGGCGCGAAGAAUGCCGCCCGGCCGGGCGUUGGCGAAGGAGGAAGGACCGACAGGGCUGCGCUGGAGCAGCCCGCCGGUCCGGUGGAGAGAGUGGACCCCGUCCCGGAGCCUGAGGUGGCCAGGGACGAGGAGGCCAUGAUGGAGCCGGCGGUGAUGCCGGUGCAACCGGUGGCGGAGCCGGUGCAGUCGGAGGUGGAAGUGCUAGAGACAGCGGAACCGGGGCAGCCCGAGCGCUCCGGCGUACUUGCGUCAAGUGCCGCGCUCGGCGAGGCCGGCACCAGCGGCCAGAUCGCAGCUGGUUCCAGGAGCGGUCUUGGGGCCGGUGCAUCUGGCGAAGGGGUGAGCCAGGUCGUCGUGCUGCGAGGUGUCCCCAAGGACUUCAUCCGUGCCGAGUACGAGGAGGAAGAGGUCUGGCAAGAGCAGCUCGAGCUCGGCGGUGCGAUAAACGCCGACCUCCAGCAUGCCGCGCAGAGCCAUUGGCAAGAGUAG